AUGCAAUCUUCUUAUCACUGUAUUCUUGUUAUCACUGCACCUCUUAUCACUGUACCUUCUUAUCAUGCACCUUUUGGUAACGCACCUCUUUUGGUCGCACUUAUUGCACGCACCUUGGUACCGCGGCCUUCUGGUACCGUACCUUUAUGGUACCGUACUUUUGUUAUUGUACCUCUUGUUACCGUACCUUUUAUCACCGUACCUCUUGGUACCGUACCUCUUAUCACUGUACCUCUUGGUACCGUACCUUGGUACCGUACCCUCUUGUUACCGCACCUUUUGGUACCGUACCUCUUGUUACCGCACCUUUUGUACCGUACUUGUUAUACGUUAAUCUUUUGGUACCGUACCUCUUGGUACCGUACCCUUUAUCACCGUAAAUUCUUGGUACCGUACCUCACACUGUACCUCUUGGUACCGUACUUUUUGUUAUUGUACCUCUUGUUACAAAAUUUUUGGUACCGUACUCUUGGUACCGUACCUUUAUCACCUGGUACCCUCUUGGUACCGUAUUUUGUUAUUAGUAUCUUGGUACCGUAUCUUUGUUGA